UGUCUAUUCUUCAAAUGUUUAUUAUCCCCCAAAACCACCCAGAGGCCAAGAUGAAACUUAUGAUCCAGUGAACUUACCACUUAGAUCUUACAAUGAAUUUAGAAAUCAAAUACAGGAAAUCCAAAAUGCACAAACAAUAUUAGAACAAAAUCAUGCAAUUAGAA